AUGAUGAAGAAAAAGAAGUCAAAAUUGUCACUCACUUUCUCCACAGAGCCGCUGAAAUUACCAGGCAGAACAGAGGCAGAGGUGCAAACAAAACAGAGCUCCCCCACUGAAGAUUUGAAGCGUAGUCUUCAGGAGAGAGAGAAUAUCAUCAAACUUCUUCAGACAGAGCUUGAAAGACAAUCGCAAGAGAUAUCAUUCCUCCGUAACCAAGGCAACACAUUUAAGAGGGCAAAGAGCUUCUCGGCAAGAGACAGAACCUAUAACCCAGGUCAGAUAGAGCCAUCAAUAGGAUGGAAUCCUGCCCUUCAGAGGAACAAGGUCAAAGAUUCCACAUCAACUAUCUCUGUCUCAGAGUCGACUGAUUCCAGGCAAGAUGGUGCUCCAUCGUUAGAAGCCCUACAUAUCUCUGCUGAAGACAUCAGAAUGGAUGUCGAUUCCACCAAGAAACCUCAGAGUUCGAGGAGUACAUUACAGUCAUCUUCAAAUAAACAGAAUGCAUCCAGUACUAACAAGGAUCCAGAUGCCAAAUCACCCUAUCCAGGACUGUACGGACCAAUUGAGACAUCAUCUAGGAGGAGAAGGGGCAACGAUAUCAAGGAAGAGACUUCGGCAGGACAAACCAAAGCUGUCGCGCAACAGAAGAAAGAACCAGAGAAAGAAGCAGACCAAUCAAAGGAUGAGUCUGUGGAUGAAAUAGUCACAAGGAGAAGAGCUAGACGUGAAGCGAGGAGAAACGUAAGAUUGGGAAUCCACUCUGCCCAAGACAAGCCACCCAUUCCAGAGCCAAAGGAAGAAGUUAAACCUACUCAAACCAAAGGGACAGCCGACAAGACGACUGCCAAAUCGUCUAGUAUCACUGGUCCAGUCAAAGCUCAGGAUAGUGUUACUGAGAGCCCCCGUGUGCGUCGUCGACGCGAUAGACAGAGCGGUCAUAGUACCCAAAGCCCAGUUGAAGCGCCUCAGGAACCACCACUCAAACUGCCAUUAUCACCUAGGACUAGAGAUCGCCAAGAGAGGGAGGUAUUCUCAGAUACCACAAAUGACAGUGAGCAAGAGUCCAUCUCAUUAAGAUCUGAUUCUGAUAUCAGAAGACGUUUUGAAAGUAUCUUGGCACAUCGUCGUCGGGAGUCUUCAGAUUCUGUCAGCAGCUCGCGUAGAAGUUCACCUUCUGGAAGGCUUUAUGACUCCAACUUCUCCAGGACAAGAACUAAUGGAGAUGUUCAGAAUCUUAGAAAGAAGUUUACAGGGAGCAGCCCUGCUAAUGUUGCUCAAGUAGGUCCAGUGAAGCAGAAGAGCAAGUCUCUGAAAUAUGAGAAGGAGAGACCAAGGGAAGGUUCUGUCAAAGUAUUAAGCCAGACCUUUGGUUCAGGAGAUGAGAAGAAAACUGGUGGAAAUUCUAACAAGUCCUCUCCUAGGAGUCUUUCACCAGCGUCUUCUAGUGGUUCCUUGUCCACUGGAAUUGCCGAUAAGAUUAAAAAGCUGAAAAAUACUGAUGAGAAACCUAUUGAAAGAAGAAAGUCUGCUGACCUGAUCAAAGCCAGGGUUGCUCAGAUGGAGCAGCCGAAAGACACUCAUUCAGAAACUCCCCAGAGGAAGUCAAUGCCUGCUAUUCAGGCAGUCAGGAGCAAGUUUGAAAAGAGUGGUAACCAGGACACUGCACAGUCACCCACAAGAAAGGCAGGAGGAAAGAUCUCCUACACGGUCUCUGUGACUGAUAGUGACAAGGAAAAUUCUGAAUCAUCAAGGACAGAUGAUAGGUCGUACAGGCAGAAGUCUAAAUCUUCAAGACUUGUGGCAGUUGUGGAAACAACUGACUCUACCAAGAAGCCAGAUACUGUUACAUUUACUGUCAACUCACACGGAAGAAGACGGUAUGGGGCGAUGGCCGACAACACAAAUAACAGUAACAGCAAACAUGCAGAGCCUCCAGUCACUGAAGAUCUGGCUAAACCAGUAGAGACUGAAAAACUAAAGAAGGAUGAUGCUAACACUGUGCCAACCAAAGAGGAAAGGGAGAACAAAGAACCUAAGACACCAAGUGGAAAACGGGAAGAAGAUGCCAAGGAGGGGCGUAGGAGACGGCGGGAGAGGCAUAAGGCUUCUGAAUCUAACAAGAAAGCACAGGAAACAUCUAAACCAGAACCUACUCCUGAACCAGAGAAACAUGAUACAAAGAAGAAUGAAACAAAAGAAACAAAGGCAGAAGAACCUCCAAAUAAAGUGGAGAAGGAAGAGAGCAAGCCUGAGGUCAAGACUGAAACUGGAAAGAAAGGAAGAAGGAGAAGACGAGGAAAGGGACAGUCAGUCGAUAUACCUGAUGAACCAAAGCAAAGCACCCAGAAUAAACCCAAAGUUGAGGUGCUAGAGGAAAAGGCUAAGGAAAAAGAAGAGAAGGAAGAGAAAGAAAAGGAAAAGUCGGAGAAGAGAUAUGAAAAGAAGGAAGAUGUGACCAAGCCUUCAGAGAGGCACAUCCAAAAGAAGGAUAAGGAAUCCACAUUGACUGCACUGAAGAGAAUGGUCAGCAAGAGGGAAGAUGUUAGACCAGAGGUCAAGGUACGUGACCCCACGAGAGCGAGACUGGAGGCUGAGAAUAAAUCAAGCAGUAUAGACAGCAUAGAAGGUCAAGACUACCCUGACCUAUUGGCUCAGACCAGGCUGCAUGACAAGGACAAGGGAAACUCACAGGAUGAAGGGAACGGCAGACGUCGCCCUCGGUCUAUGGUUGCAGAGUCGGGUCUUAAGGGCGCUGCUGCAGCCAUUGGACAAGCCAUUCCCAAACCUGAGAGUGAGGACAAAGAAAAGGAAAAAGAGAAAGAGAAGGAGAAACCAAAGGAAGCUGAGGAAGAUGAUCGUCGUUCCCGGAAGGAGACAACGCGAAGAGGGCGUUUCCUUGCCAAGGCAGAUAAAUUUGAACUGUUCAGGAGAGCAAGAUCUGUGGGACCAGGAUCCAAGAACAAAGAGAGAUCACCCAGUGCAGAGAGGAAGUCCAAAGGAAUAAGAUCAAGUUCUAUUGAUAGGUCUAAGAUGAGGGCCAAGUCUCCAGAUCCCAUCAAGAGCAAGAAGAAAGGUGGCUCCAUUGGAGGGUUCCUCAAGGCUUCCAACUCUGAAACUGAUGAGGAUGAUGACAUCGAGUAUGAUAGUGAAGAAUACAAUAGCGAAGAAUAUGAUAGCGACAGUGAUGUGGGUAGUGGCGACACCGAUGACGAUGUCGAAGAUGACUUAUGGACCGACAUGGAAGAAUGUUACCGGAUUCUUUUCAACUGCCACAGUGUGCUAUCCAAGCUUCAGUGCAGAGAGAGAAAGCACGCCCUCACUUGGCCAAUAUCUGCCAUGCGGCAGGCUGCGUUACUGAGUUGACCUCUGUCAUCAACCAACUUGUCAACGUCCAACUCACCAUCCCUAUCCACUUUGCAUGUUCUUAGCCUACCAAGCUUGCCACUUCUUUAGUUUUGCAUUGAUUUCUUAAAAACCUACUUUUUGUUCUUUGUGAGCUUCCUGUGUGAAAAAAAGGAGUCUGAAGAAACUCCUGGACUCACAAGACUACACCAGCCUUGUUUGAGAUUCACCACUGCUUGAUGAACAUGACUGGAAUCAUGUGACUAAGAUGUCAUGUGACUGGUAUGUCAUGUGACUGGCAUGCCAUGUGACCUAUCAUGUGAUGGGGCAACAUCAGUGCUGAUGAAGAAGCUGUUGACACACUCCUGAGGAAACGGCUAUGAAGGCACAUCACCUCUGGAACUUCAUGUCUCUUCAAAGAUCAGUCAUACUGAUGAGCAAGCCAGCAGUUCCUGCUUCGUUUGAGGUCCGAUGCAGACGAUGCUGUUGAUGAUAUUUCUGUGACUCUUUGUUUGAUUUUAAUCAGUGUGUGACUGCACUUUUGAUUUACUUUGUCACAUGUAUCUUGAUGGCCUCUGGCUCAAUGUUCCACCCAUAACCUUAGGGGUGAGGGGUGUUGCUCGAUCUCAUGCCCAAAGCUGGGGUAAUGUAUUUAUGAUCAACGCCCUGUAAAUGCUAUGCUUUAGGGUCCUACCUAGCUGGCCGCCAUUCAAAUGGCUAAUUUUUCUUGGCCACGAGACCACUCAGUUCUUAUGUAAAUUGCGUCAAAAUGAGAAAAAAGAUGAUUGUGAUGGCACUGAUAAUGGUGACUGUAUGAUGGAUACCAAUGUGAACAGGGAUAUGUAGCACAAUGCGUAGCAAUUGAUCACUGAACACAUCUUGAUGAUUGAUUGCAUUUACCACAAUGUACAAUCAAACAUAAAAAUAAGUCUUGCGGUCGAUUGCAAGGCUCUGUGGUACAGUAGCCAGGUGGGUGUUUCAUAAAGCUGUUUGUAAGAUACGAGUGACUUUACACACGACUGGUGAUCCUUUCUUGUGCCAAAUGAUAUCCCUAUAUAAUUGAUUUAUGACCUAAGAACAUGGUCUAGUCGUGCGUAAAGUUGUGCGUAACUUUACGAACAGCUUUAAUGAAACACAGGAGUGACUGGCCGCUCAAUACCCACAAUAGUUCAGCCAAAGUGAAACUUCAUUUUGGUCUUUUAUAAUAUGAACGGGCUUAUCAGAAGCUUUGGAAUACAGUAUCUAUAUAACUUGUCAUAUUGAUUAUGUAAAAUCCAUCUGACAUACUUGAUUAAAUGUUGAAGAAUAUCAGAGAAGAAAAAGAGAAAAUAUAGUUUGAAGUUUCAUCUAAAAUCCAAUUGGACUGAAACCAUUCAGUCUAUAUAACUAAUAAUGAUAAUAAUAAUAUGCAACAUUUAUAUAGCGCUUGAUACAAAGGUUUAAUUACAUAGUUCAAAUCCACUUUGAAAACAGACUUAUUAAAAAAGACUUUUGAAUGAGUUAGUGCCACAAUUUUCCAGCAAAUUUCUCACUUUUCUUUGCUUUGUCUUCUUCAAAAGCUCAUCGGGACGCAUUUGGCAGUGAUAUUUGCUAUACAACCAUGUUGUUAUUAUUCUUCUUAUUAUUAUUCAUGAACUAUUAAAGUUUGAUUUGACAAAAAGUAUGAAAGAAAAGCACACAAAGUGGAAAUUUAAACAUCUUGCUGUUAGACAAUGUAAUGGUUGGACCAAAAGAUGAGACCAAAGUUAUAGAAGAUCAAGUGAGUUUGGCCAAGA